AUGGUCAGCCACGAGGGCAGCGGGGCUGCCGUUAGCGAAACGAUAGACAGCAACGGAGGCAGCGAAGCCGCUGGCGAUGGCGACCGGUUCUGGCUCACUAACACAAACAUCCUGCGAGACACCAUCGCUGGCUGCCUCGCGUCCGCCACGGCCGACGUGAAAAGCAAUCUCAUCAAGGCAAUGAACAACCUCAUGGUGUCGGAGGAGCGACGAGCGAAGCUCGUAGCGGGCGACGAGCUGCCUGCCCUCUUUGAGCUCGUCCACGGAUACACCCCUGAGGUUCGCGAGCUAGUCGCCCGGAUGCUGUGGAACCUGACGUGCGAGCACGACUUCCACUCGGCGCUGCUCGAAGCCGGCGUGACCUGCACGCUGCUAGAGCUGCUGGGGUCCUCCUCGACAAACAACGCGAAGAAAGCUAACAAUCAACAACAAGAGCAACAGCCCGACAGCAAUGCUGCUGCGUCAAUAAGAGGAGUCGGAAAUGGUAGUGGUGGUGCUAGCGCAACAGACGCCUCGGUGUCAGGUACACAAUCAGGGGCGGCCCUUUUGGACGACGGCGGGGUUCGCCCUGUCAGCGGGGGCGAGACCGAAAGCGCACAGGACGGUAGCAGUGGCGACGUGGGGCCUGCAACGAGCGGGGCGGGUGGGGUCGGGAGCGGGCCGGAGGCCAGCACGGCUACGAGUGGUAGUGACGGACACACCGCAGACGCCGUUGGCGAGGGGUCGACCAGAAGAAGCAGCAGCGGCACGGGGGAGCGAGUUGCAAGCGCGAGAUCGGAGGCGGUGGAGGCCGUCAGCAUUGGACGCAAACCGAGCCUAGAAGUCCGAAGGAACGUGCUAGGAGCAGUAAUGAACCUCACGAGUUUGAGCAUCUCGGACCCGAGGCUUGACCCGUCGGCGGUGAUGUCGCUGCUCACCUUCAUCAUGCACGAAGACCCAAACGAAAGGGGAGAGCUGACGAACGAUCCUUUGUCGGGCAAGAGCUCCGUCAUGAGCAUGGCACACGAUCGUGCGUACAAGAGGCUUAUCAUGGGCACCAUGGUCAACAUCUCCUGCGAGACCUCGCUGUACGAGGAACUGGAAGGGCAGGUGCAAGUCCUCCGGGAAUUCCUAUCGGAGUACGAGCACGAGGCUUCCGGUGGCGCUCACAGCACAGGGGGAACCCUCGGCGGGGCGAGGGGUGGGAGCAGGCGCGGGAGCAAGGGCGGCAGCAGGGCAGGAUUGGGCCUAGCAGAUAGCGACGGGCUUGAAAGCGCAGACAGCGACGAAAGGGGUUUGGACGAAGACGGCGGUGGGCGGGACUGGGUGCGACACGAGCUGUGCGCCAAGCUGGUGUCCAACCUGUUUUCAAGCAAGACGCUCAGGGAAAGGCUCAGCAAGAAACCGAUCGCUGGCAUUCUGGUCGGGCUCCUGUGCGGCCCACCGACCCGCUGGAACAACCGCACGAGCAAUUCCGGGGGAUCAAGCUCGAACAUCACCACGCCAGGGUCAACCGCCCGGUCCAACACGUCCGGUGGGGACAACAACAACAACAACAACAACAACAACAACAACAACAACAACAACAGCAACAACAACAACACGACCACGUCGACGGGCGGGCGGACCAUUGUCGCCUCGUCGGAACGAAUAAACACCAGCAAGCACCACCCACCCCGGAGGGGCAGCAAGUGCGAGGGAGAGCCACCUCCUCCGAACCCACCCCUUCCAGAGGGCUGCGGGGAGCCGCGGCCACUGCUAUACGGCGGCGGAGAAGAGGCGGCGGCGAUCACCAGCAGAUUCCUUUGCGAACUUUGUAUUCUUUACUCGACCGAGGGGGGCUUCGACCUCCCGCAGCGGACGUUCGACGCACUGGUCAAGAUCGCUCACUAUUAUAACUGCAAUGCGUCCUCAACACCCGCCGCGGCGGCGUCAACACAUUCGCAUCCUUGGAGGAUAGGAGAGGGCGGGGGCAGUGGGGGCGAAGUCGGGGGAGGGGUGGCGGCAUCGGCAUCGGUCGGGGAGAAACAACCGCGGGGAAUGGACAGCAAUACUUCCCCCAAGGCCUCAGGAAAAGACAGCAAGGAGAGUGCUGCCGUGAUGUCGGAGAGGGCUUUGGCAAGCACUGACAAUCUUGCUGACUCUCUGGCCAUGUUCCCGCCCACCGGUACCGCCGACCACGAAGAAAAUCAGCGAUCGACAUCAUCGCCGGGGAGAGCUCAUGGUUCCAGGCGUUCCUCGCUGGAGGCGACUGCAGCACCAGCGCCAAGUGAAGAAGCAGCAGGAGGAGGACGAGGAGGAUACGCGAGUCCGCGUUUGUCAGAGGGUGGGGGCGGUGGCAGUGGUGGCGAUACGACGCAGCAAACGAAGGCAUCUCACAAAGCGUGGCAACAAUCCGUCGGCGACGACUGGUACACGGAGGGAGCGGGGCGACCGCACAACCCGGCCUACCGGCAUGGAAACAACAAGCAGGGCGGCGGGGGCGGCGGCAGCGAAGAUGUCUGGUCGAGGACGGCGAGGGAGAUCACCAGGGCGUGGGUGCGGGCGGUGGGAUGGCUCUGUAGCCCGUCUCACUCGAAUCUCUGGCCGCACAUGAUCGAAGUGGGGAUCCUGGGCGCCAUCAAUACGUGUGCCUCUUCGUCGACCCUCUCGGGGGACGAGGAGGGACUAGUGAUCCUCUCCGCGGCGCUAAGAAACCUUUCGACCGCGACCAGCGCUCGCUCGCUGGGGGGCGAGCGCGCCGCCGCCUGCUUCGGGACAGCCAAGCGGCUGCUGUCUUACUGCUCCAACCAACCCCAAGUGCAGGUCAACUGCGCAGCGGCCAUGGUGAACCUUGUCGACGCCACGCAUGUGCAAGACCUCCAGACUCUCGAUGUGGUCGGCCUCCUGGGGGAAAACUGCAGCUGGGAGGAUCAUGGUGACAACACGCCUUCCGCCACUAUGGUGGGGGAGCUUGUGAUCUACAGCUUGUCGAAGCUGUGUACACGGGACUUCUUGCCCAAGGGAGACCGCGUGAUCGCGACCAUCACGACCAUGAUGGACUUUGACCCGCAGGGCUACGGCGCGGGUGGGGUGAAUGGAAGUGGGCGUAAAGACCGAAUACUAGUGAGCCUGUUGAAUAGCGGUGAAGUGGUGGACCAAGGGCAGCUAUCAGUGCAGAGAUCCCCCGAAAACGCGCAUGACGCUAUGAAUGGACAGCAUCAGGGCCUGCAGCUCGGCGACACGAGUGCCACGAUGAUAUCAACGUCGGGCGGCGGCGAGGUUGGAGGAGAAGAGACCACGGAUAACGGCAACAACACGAGUAGCGCCGGGAACAAGGCCACCGGCGGCGGGGGCGGUGGCGGCCUCGAGAGAGAAGCAAUGGCUUCCCUGCCGGCAGCUGACCUUUCGAACGUCAGCAGCAAGUCGGCUAAUGAGAGUGCCGCUGCGGGUGUUGCUCCCAAGGGUGCAGGAGGGGAUGGGAACAAUCGGAAAGGCCGAGGCGAUGACCGCACGCUCAAGCACACCGCGGCGAGGCUAGCGACGGUGAUAUCGGAGACGUCCAUGGCCGCGAGAGCCUUUAGCUCGAAGCCAAGCAAGGCAGCCAAAUUGGAGACGCGCAUCCUACGAAAUCCGGUACUUUCCACAGAAGAACCUCCAUUUGAGCUACCGUGGCUGCUCAAACACGGCAAGGCCGAGCGCCUGAAGCUACUCGAGGAAUCCCUGGGCGGAACCCCUUCUCGUUCUGCAACCCGACGGACAGACCCGUCCAGUACGAAGACGACGUCCUCCAAACACGCGGAAGGCAAGAGCAACAACGGUGGCGGAAAGGGCGGACAGCGGCAAGACGCCGACCCGCACACAACGGCCGGCGCCGAACAGCUGCAGCAUCAACAACAAGGGGUCCGCGGGGACGGCGCAAGUGGAAUAAAAGAAGUAACGGCAGCAGCGGAACGGGCCGUCUUGGACGAGGGAGGCGCUUUCGAAGUCUUGACCGUGCCUGACGACAAGUGGAUCAGUCCGGACCUCCCACCCGAGGCCGGCAAGCAACAGCAAAAGGACAACUAUCACGCGGCAGCAGGCCGUGGAGGAACUUUGGGCGGUGCCAGUGGCGGUGGGUUCAGUAGCGUCGGCAUGUCUCGACCGCCGUACGCCAGCGGCAAACCCAUCGGGUCCACCGUCGCGGGGACCCCGCAGCAGCUGGCCGGCUUGACGCACAAGAUGCCGCAACGCCGAGCAGGUUGA